AUGGCUGUGGAUAAAUUGAUUUGGAAGAUUAUAUUAGAUGUCAUUGUAUUAGCAUGUGUGGCAGUGCCCAUACUAAUGAUACACCUAUUUGCGGAACCCUACCAACGCGGCUACUUCGAGUCUGACGUGAGUUUGAGGCUGCCAUUCAAAGAGCAAUCAAUAUCAGAAGGCCUGCUGGCAGGUAUCGGAUUUGCUUUCAAUAUUGCUACAAUAAUUCUAGUCGAAUUAGUUCGCGACAAACGAGGCAAGGGAAUCGGUGAUAAGUUCCUAUCAGGCUCUCUUAUAUCGGGUUGGUUAUGGGAGAGCUACACGACUAUCGGAGUGUUCACUUUUGGUGCCGCCUGCCAACAGUUUACUGUCAAUUCCACGAAAUACGUCAUUGGAAGGCUUAGACCGUAUUUUUUUGAUAUAUGCAGGCCGAUCCCGGACACAUCUUCAAAUUUAAACUCCUUAGGUUAUAUCCAGGCCUUUACUUGCCAGAACACCAAUGCGGCAGAAUUGAAAGAAAUGCGGCUUUCCUUCCCUAGCGCUCAUUCAAGUUUUGCCAUGUACAGCGCUAUUUUCUUUAUUUUCUACGUGCAAGUGAAGGGAAAAUGGCGGGGUUCGAAAUUACUGCGUCACACCAUGCAGUUUGCUGUUUUAAUGGGGGCGUGGUAUGUGGGACUCACGCGUGUGGUCGAGCACAAGCACCAUUGGAGCGACGUGGCCGUCGGGUUCGCUGUUGGGGCGAUAUACGCGGUUAUUGUUUUUGUUUUUAUACUCAAGCCCAAAAAAUAUGGACCUCCAGGAGAUUGGGAAAUCACACAACCUCAAAUAUUACCACGACCAGUGUUAGCCUCUAGUAAUUAU